AUGCGGAUGAGUUGUAAUGGAUGCCGAAUACUCCGCAAAGGCUGCAGUGAGAAUUGUAGCAUCAGGCCUUGCUUGCAGUGGAUUAAGAGCCCCGAGUCCCAAGCAAACGCCACCGUUUUCCUCGCCAAGUUCUACGGCCGCGCCGGCCUCAUGAACCUCAUCAACGCCGGCCCCGAACACCUCCGUCCUGCCAUCUUUCGAUCAUUGUUAUACGAGGCAUGCGGGCGGAUUGUGAACCCCAUUUACGGGUCGGUCGGGUUGCUGUGGUCCGGAAGCUGGCAGCUCUGCCAAGCCGCCGUAGAAGCCGUGCUGAAGGGCCAGCCGAUCACGUCGAUUACAUCUGAAGCUGCCGCUGAUGGACAUGGCCCACCUCUCAAGGCCUACGACAUUCGCCACGUGUCCAAGGACGAGAACUCGGCCGCGUCGAACGAGCCGAAGCAGGCUAAGACUCGGUACCGGUUCAAGAGGUCCGUCGUCAAGCCCAAGCCCAGCAAGGUCGGGUCUGGGUCGGGCUCCGGAGCGGACGACUCGGCCAAACCGAGCUGCGCGGGGUGCUGUGCGGACGAGUUCAACCGGUCGACGAGUCACGAGUCGUCGCUGAGUCACCAGUCCGAGGCGGCCGCCAACGUGGACGGCGAAAGCAAGGAAACGGAGAGCAUGGUUUCGUCCGAAACGGCUGAGGCUGAGCUGUUAUUUCGACCGGAGCCGGAGUCGGCUCGGAAGCGGAGCGAGCCGGUUCAGGAAGGAGAGUUGGCUCUGGAGCUAACGCUGGGGCUGGAACCGCAGUCACGUGCGCACCACGUGGUUCCGGUGAAGAAGAGGAGGAUCGAUGCUUAUGGGUUAGGCGGUAGGUCCUCAGCUGACGACGGCGGGUGUAAAAUGGAGCUGGGGCUUGAUUUAGUGGCUUGA